AUGCAGUUUAGCUGUUGCAACUGUCCUCCCAAAUUUCUGCUGGGACACGCCUGCUUCCACUGUCUCACCUGUGCUCAUCAGUUUCCCCACCAGGCAUUGGGCUCAUCAGCUGCUGCUCUUGGCACAGGACCCGCCAGCUCCCCGGCUCUGCACCAGACAGAUGGAGACUCAGCACCCGGCUCUUUCUGUGGAGCUGUGGGCGGACCUUUGGUGCGUGGUGCGUCAGGGCCUGACGCGCCACGCCUAUUUAUGGCCCUGCUUGCUGACAGAAAAGCAUCACUGAAGCAUCUGCUGGUGUUUGAUGUGAGGCGACAGACGGGGCUUCACACCGACACCGGGAUGUGGCUCAAACUGAAGCAUCACUGUCUGCGCUGGACGCCUCUGACCGCUGCUGCUGACCUCUGCCAACACUCCAGCUCAUUCCAUACACUGCAUUAA